UUUGAGGAAGCGGUUGCCUUGGUAACGCUGGCCUAGCGGAAGGAGCGUGGUAGGAAAGGCAUAAUCCGGUGUCACGGUCAGCCUUGUAGGUUGAAUUUGCCACAAUGGAGCUCUUGGAGGUUUUAGGACCAGAAGAUACACCCAAAGCAUCUACGUGGUAUACCCUUGUUCCCCAAGGAGAAGCACCAAGUUCCCGUGUGGGUCACACCUGCAUAUAUGUGCCUUCAACGGAAGAGUCAGCAAAGGGAAAAGUCGCCAUCCUUGCAGGAGCAAACCCUGGGGGUUGUUUUUCGGAUGCUUACAUCUUAGAUCUUGAUAGUCAUACAUGGGAUGACGCAGACUGGGAAGGUCUGUUACCCCGUUACGAACAUGCCUGCUUUUCUCCUUCAAGUGAUCCGGGCAGCAUCUGUGUGUUUGGUGGAGCAGAGCAGUCCAUGAAUAGAAAUUGUGUUCAAGUAUUGAACUCUGGGACCUGCUCAUGGAAAAGCCCUAAAGUUAAAGGAACGCCACCUUCCCCAAGAACCUUUCACACCUCUUCUGCUUCCAUUGGAGACAAGCUUUAUGUGUUUGGUGGGGGAGAAAAAGGUGCAGAACCCGUUGAAGAUCUCCAACUUCAUGUGUAUGAUGCAGCCACCUUCACAUGGACUCAGCCAGUAACUCUUGGUGAGCCCCCAAAGCCUCGCCACGGCCAUGUGGUGGCAGCAGAAGGGACAAAACUGUUCAUUCAUGGAGGAAUGGCAGGUAGCAUGUUUCUUGAUGACAUGUUUUGCAUUGAUACAGAAACAAUGAAGUGGGAGAGGUUGAAUAUGAAGGGAGACGUUCCCCCUCCUUGUGCAGCCCAUUCCUCUGUUGCCUGGAAAUCAUGCAUUUAUAUAUUUGGUGGAAUGACGGAGCUGGGGGCAACAAACUCUAUGUACCGGUUUAACACAGACGCAUUGCUUUGGACAAAGUUGGAGUUUGACUCCCCGUGUCCGCCAGCACGCUUAGAUCAUUCCAUGUGUCUCCUUCCUUGGAAAAUACAGACCGGCCUUUCCAACACAGAGAAACCUCAAACUCAACACGAGGAAGGGGACCUAGAUGAAAGCUCUAUAGAAAAGGAAUACAGUAAUUUAAAGCAGGUUUUUCUCUGUCUUAUAUUUGGGGGAAUGAAUACUGAUGGGGAUCUGUUUAGCGACUGCUGUGUAACAAUGCUGCAAAAAUAAAUUCUACUAGUUUUAUGUA